AUGCCACACCUAAGGCGACAACCUAACUAUGAUUUGCCGCAAGGGGCCCCGAGUCUCCGCACCCAAUUCCAAACCCCUCCUUCGCGACAUACCCCAACAAACCCAACCCAUCGACUCUACCCGUCCUCUGGUCCCCAUGAGAUAACUCCGGACCCGUUGCCUGUGAUGGCGCCUCCAUCGGGAUACCCAAAUCCUUUCAAUAUUUUUGGGCGGGGAAGAGCUCAACACCCUCCACCUCCCGAGCCGGUCGACGUCGAGGACGAGUUUGAGGAUGCCGACGAGGACUACGAUGUCAAUGCGGAAGGCAUGGAACUGGGCGAAUACGACGAUGGAAUGGCGGGCGAGGAACUAGACCUUGAGGAUGAUGUUGACGAUACCGGCGAUAUGGACGGUGAGGAGAUCGAUGAGGAGAUCAUGGAAUCCCAACUUGAAGGGGAUGAGGAAAUGCACGAUCAAGAACGAUCCCCAUCGCCCGUUCCACCUAACCUCCGCGAGAUCUCAUCCCUCGCUUCCUGGACCGUCUCGACCUCCAAACCUGGCUGCGGCGUUGCGGCCCUCCGAAACCCCUCUCCUCAGCAAUACUGGCAAUCAGACGGCCCCCAGCCGCACACAUUGACACUACACUUUUUCAAGCUGGUCGCUAUUGUUCGCAUUCGCGUUUACCUCGACUUCGAGCUCGACGAGAGCUACACACCCACAAAGAUGGUGUUCCUGGCCGGCAUGGGCGGAAACGACCUCGUCGAGUUCGCAACAUGGGAAGGUGAUGGACCCUGCGGCUGGGUCGAUGUGCGUCUAGAAGGCGUAGGCGGACGAAACGGAGGCUGGGUCCGAGAGAAUCUAUUCCAAAAAGACCGCGCAGCCAAGAACGCCCGUCGCAAGUCCCAGAAAAACGACGACAGCGAACCAUCUGACACGGAAGCGCUGGACGGCGUGGAUCCUAUCGGUGACGAACUGGAUCCCUACUGCGGAAAUGUGCUGAAGGCCAUGGUGUUACAGGUGCGCGUGAUGGAAAACCAUCAGAACGGAAAAGAUACACAUGUUCGUGGGUUCCAGGUUUUCGCCUGUGACGAAAGUCGGAGGCGUGUUGCUGCUGCUCCGUCUGCAUCUGCUGAUGCUGGGCAUCGCAACCAUCGCCGAUUUAGUGCAAGGCAAUCUUUACGUGGAGGAUUCACUGGCGAGGCGCAUCAUGCGCGUAUUGCGAGUAUGGCUAGUGAGGAUCUUGAUACUUCUCGACUUGGGGCGGCUUCUGGGUUGGAUGAGCCGGAUUGGAUGGGUGAGCCUAUUAUUCGAUGA